CGUUACUUAGCAACGGCAAAUGUUGUAAUGGCGAACUUGUUAGCUUUAAGGUAAUGGACAGACAGCCGCCAUGGACGACGACCUGGACGAGCUGUUGGACGAGGUGGAAAAGAAGUUCUGUCGCAACAUUUCCGUCAGCCCUGCGAGCUCCAAGGGCGGUAAAGACAGGGACGAGCGCCCGCGGAAUGUCGGAUGUGAACAGAAGAUAAACAGCAUCACGGAGGACAUUGAUGCUGCCUUGAAGGAAUUACAAGACGAAGACCAUAGUGAUGCGACCUGGGCUAAGACCGUGCCACCUCACAAAGGACACCUGGACGAGCAGAUUCAUUCUCAACCAGGAGGGAGAAAGUGCUGUCCCGUUUACCUAGGAGGGAGCGGGGUAGCGAAAGGAGUUGGAACGGCCGCUUCCAAGAGGUCAUGUGACCAGCUGAGGUGCACUUCCUGCGACUUCCGGGUGUUGACGUUUGACGACUGCGAGUGGGACUCGUCGUGCGAUUACCUCUUCCUCAGGAAUAACAUGCCUGAUCAUGGGAAGCUGGGAGCCAAGCUGAGAAAGAGGAAGGGCGUCCGGGCGUACGCUUGCCAGUGCAGCUGGUUCGCCGUGUCGGAGGCCACGGACGUGUCGAUGCAGCCGCAGCUCAGAUGGGCGUGCGCAAGACACCCGGCCUAAACCUAAAACAAUUUUUUGUUGUAUCCAAAAAUGGACCAGUUGAGACAAACUGAAUUGUUGCUGCUUCUCCAAAACAAUCACGUCAAUCAGAGUAGCUGAGACAAUUAAAUUUCAUAAAAUCAUUCCA